AUGCCGGAGAAUAAGGUUUUCCCAUGGGUCGAGAAGUAUGGGGGCACAUCAGAUCCGGUGAAACAUCUGAGAUCGUUCGUAGAUGCUAUGGCGGUCUAUUCAUCCAAUGAGCUGGUUUGGUGCAGGGUAUUCUCUUUAUCCUUGAAGGAUGAAGCUUUAGAUUGGUUUCACUUACUGCCACCUCGAAGCAUUGAUGGGUUCGUUACCCUAAGGCAGUUGUUUAGCCAGCAGUACGCUUCAAACCGUUCGCGAGGUUUGACUUAUACGGCCCUUGUCAGGAUGAAACAAGGGCGGGAAGAAUCAUUGAAAGGGUUUAUGGAGCGCUUCAACCGAACCGCUCGGCAAGUGCGGAACGUAGACCAACGACUGAUAGUAAGCGCACUUACAACAGCGCUUAGACCCGGUCCUUUUGUAGAUUAUCUAUACGAGGAGGAACCCCAGUCUAUGGGUGAGCUGCAGAAUAAGCUGGUCGGGUUUAUACGCAUAGAGGAGGGGAGGUCGUAUCGCAACGAUCAGGGGGAAGAAGGAAUGGCAAGGGAGAGGUCGGGGCGGGACCGAAGAGGAGAAAAACGGCCGGUCGGAGGGGAGCAUAGGAUGACGGUGAAGCGAGGGGCAGAGGUACAAAGAGCGCAAGAGUAUUUCCAUCACACUCCGUUGAGUGCCCCGAGGGUGAGAGUCUUGGAGGAAGCCUUAAGGGCUAAUCUGCUAACGGUGGCACGGUCUCCUACCCCUCGGGGAGCAGACGAGAGUAAACAUUGUCGUUAUCAUCAGAACAUGGGACAUUCCACAGAGGAUUGUGUCGCGUUGAGGGACAAGUUAGAGAGUUUGGUACAGGUUGGGCACCUAAGGGAGUUUGUCCGUAGGGAGAAUCCUAACCCGAGAGGGGCCACGGGAAGACACAGAGGACAAUUACCGGUCGGCCAGAGAGCUCAACCGACCGCCGAACGGACGGAGGGCGAGGGAAGUGGAGAUAGGCCUCUAAGAGGAGUAAUAAAUACCAUUUCGGGCGGGUUUGCUGGAGGAGGGGCGUCCUCGGCCGCCCGAAAGCGGCAUUUGAGAAACUUGCAUAGCGUGAACAAGGUGGGGAUCGGCAGAAGAACCAUGUCGUCCAUAACCUUCUCGGAUGAGGAUUUCCAUGCACCGGACCCGGACUAG